CAUAUUUCUCUGAUGGAUUAAGUUACUUCUCUCUGAAAUAAAUUUAAUUUAGAUUUAAUUUAGAACAGUGUUUUGUGUCAUUUUUUAAUUUGCUUUUUAGAUUCCAUAUAAGAUAUUAUCGUUUUAUUCUUGCAAUGGUAUUUGCAAUACUAGAAAUUAAUGAAUCAACUGAAUUAUUGCCCAAUAUAACACUGGGCUUCAAGCUCUUUGACUCAUGUUACAAUGAGGUACUAUCACUGAUGGGAGCAAAAUGGAUCUUGUCGGGAAAAAAAAAUGGAGUGCCAAAUUAUAACUGUAACAAGGAUCAUAUGCCAUUGGCAAUUGUUGGUGACAUGCCAUCUAAGGCCUCAGUGCCCCUAGCCAGGAUCUUGGGAUUGAACAGAUAUCCACAGGUUAGCUUUGCUUCAAACCAUCCCUCACUGAGUAAUAAAAUACAGUUCCCAUCCUUCCUCAGGACUACAUAUAAUGGUGAUCAUGAAUGGAUUGCCAUUGCGCAGUUGGUCAAGUACUUUAAUUGGACCUGGGUGGGUAUUGUUUGCUCAGAUGAUGACUUGGGUAUAUCAGGUGCACAACUGUUAACUAGAGAAAUAGAGAAAAAUGGUGGAUGCAUUGCAUUUCAGGAGACACUUCCUAUAAGCAGCUCCAUGAAGUUCAUCUACCGUAUCAUUGAUGUGAUCAAGAAAUCCAGAGCAGCAGUGAUUGUUUUAUCCUGCACCAUGGAAAGCCUUGUAUCUUUCAUGGAAGAGAUUUCUUUUUGCAAUGUCACUGACAAAGUCUGGGUGGGAACAUCCGGCUGGACCAUUACUUCUGAUUUUCCUAGGAUAGAAAUUCUAACAACCUUAAAUGGGAGCCUUGGGAUAUCACCUAAAAAGGGGAACAUUCCAAGGUUUAAAGAAUUUCUUUAUAGCAUACAUCCUUCCAUAUUUUCAAAUGAUCCUUACAUGAAGACUUUUUGGGAGAAUGCUUUUCACUGUGUUUGGCCAGGAAAUGAUUCCUACAAUAAUACAUCUCCAGCACUGCUUAAAAAUGGCAGUGAUUGGUGCACAGGAAAGGAGAGACUGGACAGCAUUGAUGUAAAUAUAUAUGAUGUCUACAACUUUAAAUAUACAUACAACGUGCAUAACGCUGUCUUUGCUCUAGCUUAUGCUUUGCACCAGAUGAAGAAUUGUGUUCCAGGGAAAGGGCCUUUCAAAAAUGGAGCUUGUGCUGAUGCCCCUAAUCAUCAGCCUUGGCAGCUGCUUCAUUACAUCAAGAAAGUUGUCUUCAAUAACACUGCAGGGAAACCAAUUCAUUUUGAUGAGAAUGGAGAUGGUCUUAUUGCCGUAGACAUCUUGAACUGGCAGUUGUUUCCUAAUGGAAGUAAUCAGUAUGUCCAUAUUGGUAGUUUUGAUGCCAGCUCUCCCAAAGGCCAAGAAAUUGAUAUUUGGCUAAACAAGAUUUUAUGGAAUGGACAGCGCACCCAUGUCCCUGUCUCAGUUUGCAGUGAUCCAUGUACCAAAGGCUACAGAAGAGCUCCAAUUCAAGGGCAAAAGAUUUGCUGCUUUGAUUGCCUGCCAUGUUCUGAAGGAGAGAUUCUUAAUCCAAAUGAUGACACUGAAUGCCUGAAGUGUCCAGAAGACAAAUGGCCUGACAGCAGAAAAGAAAAAUGUCUUGCAAAGCUCAUUCAGUUCCUUUCUUAUGAAGAGUCAUUGGGCUACGCUUUAGCCUUUAUUUCAAUCUUGUUUUGUCUCCUUACAUUUUCUGUGUUCUGUCUGUUCCUAGUUAAACAGAUGACUCCCAUAGUAAAGGCAAAUAACAGAGAACUCAGUUACCUUCUUCUUAUAUCCCUUAUGUUUGGCUUCCUGUGUCCCUUGACUUUCAUUGGUAGACCCAACCAGAUCACAUGUAUGAUACGCCAGGUCAUGUUUGCUGUCAUUUUUUCACUUUGCGUUUCUGCCUUACUAGCAAAGACUAUCAAUGUCAUAAUGAUAUUUAGUGCUACAAAUCCAGACAGUAAAUUGAAAAAACUGGUGGGACUGAGAAUACCAGUUUAUAUUGUCCCUGUGUGCACAAUGAUUCAGAUAAUUCUGUGCUCUGUUUGGUUGACAACAGCAGCUCCAUUUGCAGAAUUCAAUAUGGCAGCAGAAAUAGGAAUAAUAGUGAUUGAGUGCAAUGAAGGAUCCAGGGUGUUGUUUGCUUGUGUCUUGGGCUAUAUGGGUCUCUUAGCUACUAUUAGUCUAUCAGUUGCAUUUCUGGCGAGGAAGCUCCCUGACACAUUUAAUGAGACCAAGUUCAUUACAUUCAGUAUGUUGGUAUUUGCUAGUGUUUGGGUGACAUUUAUACCUGCUUACCUCAGUACUAAGGGUAAACAGACAGUGGCAGUAGAAAUAUUUGCCAUUCUCUCUUCAAGUGCUGGUUUUCUUGUUUGCAUCUUUUUCCCAAAAUGUUAUAUUAUAUUACUGCACCCAGAAAUGAACAGCAAACAGUAUAUCACAAGGAGAAAUGAUAGAAACUAAAGGAUAUGAUUAGGGCUAUGGACAUCUUAACUCUCCUCAUUUUAGAAUAUAUUUUUCAUGUACUAAUUCAUUUUAAGUAGAAAUAUUAAAUGGACAUUUGGCUAUUUUACAAUCUUAAAAGGGGAACCCACAACCAUAUUUUCCUAAACUCAGAAAUGAAUCUUUCUUUAUUUUAUUAUGUACUUUAAAAUGGCAAGUU